ACAUCUUAUUUUCUUCUUCGGCAUGUAACUGUGUGCCGCCAUCCCAACCUCGACGACGAACCUUAGCGCCGCUCUCAGUCUUUCACGCGCCGCUUCUCUCUCAGGCCUGUAGGGUUUUGCAUAAUCUAUACUAGCUCUUUUUCUCCGCUCAUAAUGGGUAAAGCUAAAAAGGGACCAAAGUUUGCUGUAAUGAAGAAGGUUGUCACCUCCAAAGCAAUCAAAAGCUAUAAAGAAGAGGUUUUGAACCCAGAAAAGAAGAAUCUCACGAAGGAAAAGUUACCCAGAAAUGUUCCAAGUCAUUCUUCGGCACUUUUCUUUCAAUACAACACUGCACUGGGACCCCCUUAUCGUGUUUUGGUGGAUACCAACUUCAUCAAUUUCUCAAUCCAGAACAAAUUGGAUCUGGAGAAAGGGAUGAUGGACUGCUUAUAUGCAAAAUGCACCCCUUGUAUCACGGACUGUGUGAUGGCAGAGCUUGAGAAGUUAGGCCAAAAAUAUCGUGUAGCACUAAGGAUUGCCAAGGAUCCUCGAUUUGAGAGAAUACUAUGUACUCAUAAAGGGACUUAUGCUGACGACUGCCUUGUUGAGAGAGUUACUCAGCAUAAGUGCUACAUCGUUGCAACAUGUGAUCGGGACUUGAAGAGGAGAAUUCGGAAGAUUCCUGGUGUUCCAAUAAUGUACAUCACCAAACACAAGUACUCGAUUGAGCGGUUGCCUGAAGCAACAAUGGGUGGAGCACCAAGAAUUUGAUGCUGUAAAGCUAAAACUGGUAAAGCUGGCUAUAGCAAGAAUGUGGACACUAAUUUCUUGGUUGAGAAGGAUGAAAUCCUGCUACAGUACCAUGCCAUGCAUUUUUGGUCCUUAUGCUGGCUGGAUUAAAUUUUAACGGAAGCUUGAAACCGAACAAAAGCAACACUUCAAUGGUUGAUGCCUGAAAUUUUCUUGGUGUAUAUGUUCUGUUAAAUUUGUUUUACUCAUAUUGCCUACCUAAUGUAUCAUGGUGAGCCUUGUAAUGUGUCUAAACUAUGAUGACAUUUUCAUAGUUCUAGUCUAUUGAAGCGAUACAUUUUUUGGUUACAAGAGAAACCUUAUUUUCCUUGAA